AUGCAAAAAUUUCAUUCGGUUGCAUCUUUGUCUAUCCUAUCAUACUACGCUGUACUUAUACCCUUUGCUGCUUGCAUAUCCCAUGAAGAUGUGAAAGGUCACAAGGGAACACAAGACAACUUCAAUCACAAGUUGAGCCCUAAAAUGACCUCAGAUAUCAACCUUCACGGGGUUCUUUCUUGGACUUCCAUGGGGUUCUUAAUGCCUCUUGGGGUCCUUGCUAUUAGAAUGUCCCAUAGAGAGGAAGGUGGAAGAAGGAAAGCUCUAUUCUAUAUUCAUCUGGUUUUGCAGACUCUAGCAGUUCUUCUUGCCACAGCUGGAGCUAUCAUGUCCAUAAAAUCUUUCGAGAACUCAUUUGACAACAACCACCAGAGAAUAGGUCUGGCACUUUAUGGAGCCAUCUGGGUGCAAGCUGUUGUGGGAUUAUUCAGGCCUCGUAGAGGGAAUAAAAGAAGAAGCACAUGGUACUUUAUUCAUUGGAUACUAGGAACAAUGAUCUCUCUGGCUGGAAUCAUCAACAUUUAUACAGGCUUAAAUGCGUAUCAUAAGAAAAUGUCUAGAAGUACAAGGCUCUUGGCUAUCCUUUUCACAGCACAAGUCUCAUUCAUGGCUUUCUUAUAUCUGUUUCAAGACAAAUGGGAGUACAUGCAAAAGCAAGGAGUGAUUUUAGGUAACGAUGAAAUGCCAAUCCCACCCACACUACGCAAUCAACAAAAUGAUCACAGCCAAAAGGUGUUGGUGCCUGAACCAUGUGUCAAACGCAACGCACUUAAGAACUUAUUUGACUAA